GUGGAGUAAAGAAACUCAGCCAACAUUUCGCUCUGCCUGGAAACCAAGCCCCCAAGUCCUCUUGAUUGCAAGGUGAGAUGAAGCGAUGGUCUAAGCUCCAGGACUCCACCUAAUGAUUAACAAAUGUUUUUUUUUCUUGCUGUUGGAACUGAGAUAUAAAUAAGCAAAUUUACAUUUGACUUUGAAAAAUAAACCUUUUAUUUUCCAGACAAACAACCCAGAAAAGUUAGACUUUAAGAGCGAAGAGCAGCAUGCCGAAUCCCCCCAAAUCAACCAAAGGGACAAGUAGGCAUUAUGAUCAGUGUAAUCCCCAUCCUUUUGACACAGAAGAUGCUGAAUUCAAAUAUAUAAGAAACACUGUGCUUCCACCAGAAACAGGUAGCAAAGAUUUAAUUACUCCAUGUCACGAGUACAAAUCUUUCCAAAAGAUGUGCCUCAAAGACAAGAAUCAGCAGAGGCUCAAAUUUGGGACUGACGUUAUGAAAUUCGCUGCAGCUUGUAUGAACACGAGAACAAAUGGGACCAUUCAUUUUGGGGUUGAAGAUGGGGAUGGAGAUUAUGUACACGGUGAAAUUGUAGGAGUGCCCGUGAGGGAUCCAGCGCUUUUUGUUCAGGCGCGAGAUGUUUAUAUCCAAAAAUGCUUUAUGCCCAAGUACUGCUUUCAUGCUGAGCGUUCAAUUCGCCCGCCAAGAUUUGUAGAAGUAACUAGUGGUGAUCCUGGGGAACAACAGUGCUUUGUUAUUGAAGUGGAUAUUGUUCCAUCGUUAGCUGUGGUGCAAGGGAUUUUCUAUUCCGUUCGCCUUCCCGUUCUCAAGGACAUUAAGGAAAAGAACACACGUUCUCCUUGGGUUAUUUACAAAAGAGAAGGCGCAGCUUCUAUAUCUGUGGGUAAUGAAAUUCAAAGCAUACCCGACUACAUACGCGGCAGAGACUUUGAGAGAGAAGAAGCUGAGCGGAGGGAAGAGUUGGUCAGCAAUGACGUGUAUAGGAAACUGGCCAACUUGUUUGCCAGUGUGAAAAGGCACAUUAACAACAAGGUGAAGUACGUCCUCGUAAUCAACAGCUGCAAAGAGGAGGAUUUGGAAAAUCUCAACUUUUUGUUAAGUAUGAGAUUCUUUUGCGUUUUCGAUUUUGACCCCAAUUCUAAGAUGAAAGGUUUAGGCAGUCGCUAUCCCAAAGCCAGCUUCCACUUCUUGGAAGACUGUACCAUUGACGGCGGGGAAUUGGCAGAUGAUGUAAAGAAGGAUUUUUUUCAAAAAACUGCUUGGAUAUUUUGUAACGGGCAAAAUGAUUACGGCGAUCGCAAACCCUGUGAAGAUGGGACCUGGAUGCAAACCCGAAGGGAAACUUUGGCAAAUACCAUAUCGCAAAUUUGCAAAACCAUCCUUCCGCCAGGCUCGUUCGAGGUACUUUUUCUCUUGGUGUCAACUGUGGAUCAACCACUUGCAGAAGCAUUUCAGGAAUUCUACACAGGAAUGAAUAGCAAAACUGGCAUCAAAUGCAUUGCAGCAGACAGACAGAAUUACAGCAACUGGGUAAGCUUUGUACGCCAGUCAUGCAACAGAGACACCAUCAACAACCUCAGUAUUGUAGGAACAAAACUCAACCAUUUAGACGCAAUGAUUCAGAUCAUACAAUCUUCAGCUAUUAGUACUAGGCAAUUGCUACGUGACGACAAAAGCUAUGAGGAACUGCUGCCGUUUAUUGAAGUACUGAGAGCAAAUGAGUACAACAGUGAGUACAUCAUCGAUAAAAAUGAUGAACAGUGUCAGGAGGAAAUCAAAAACACAGAGAUGUACUUUUACCGGGGUGGUAAAGUUAACUGGAUGAAUUUCUGGUUAGCAGAUAAUGAGUACUGUGGAGAAAUUAUCCAAAGAGAUGCCUACAAGGCAGUGGAAAGGCGACUGAAGUUGGCGUUAGAGAAACGAAACUCAAAAGGACCGGUGCUAACUGUGACGAUAGCUCACCAGCCCGGCAGUGGAGGAAGUACUGUAGCUCGUCACAUUCUGUGGGACUUCAGUAAAAGACUGAGGUGCGGGAUCAUCAACACAUCACAGCCUGAAAAAUCUAUCUGUGAGCAUGUCGUCAAAUUACAGGAGUCUGAAAAGAAGGAUGAGAGUUCGCCAAUGCUCCUGCUUGCUGAAGAUUGUGACGAGGAAUGCAUCAUGAGUCUAAAAGAUCAGCUGACGAGAGCAGUGGGACACCAGACUAACGUUUCAAAUCUGCAAGUCAUUCUGCUACACUGCAUGAGGGUUAACAACCCAGAAACGUAUAAGGUGCCUGAAAGAGUUAUGGUUCAUUACAACUUAUCCCCACGUGAAACAUCGCUGUUUAAGAGGAAAUUGGAAGUGCUUAAAAAACAGUUUAAGGAAAACGCCAUCCUUACAUUCGUUCUGAUGACCCAAGAAUAUAACCAGUCAGUCCUCUCGAAAUUUGUGAAGGACCUGCUGACAGAUAUUGGCUUCUCUUCUGUUGAGGGUCGCUUGCUUCAAUCCAUUGCGUUGCUAAAUCAUUACGUUCAGGAUUCAUACAUUACCGUAUCUCAGUUUGUGUCAUUUUUAAAUGCGAGCUUUCAAACUGAUCUUUCGCAAGGCUUUGAGAGCACUUCAAACAAACCGAUGAAUUUUCUGCUCUCUCACUUGUUUGAAGCUACAACAGAACUUCAGUGCAUCCGCGUAAUACAUCACAAAGUCGCAGAAGAAAUACUGGAUCAGAUAAAACCCAACCAAAGUCAGGUCGUCACCCAGCUUCUUGAGAAGGAUAUAUUUUUUCAACAAAAAUCUACAACUCAAGUAUCAAAGUUCAUAAGGCAAUUGUUUGUUCAGAGAAAACCUAAGAAUUCAAAACAGAGACUCAAAUUCCCUCCCAUGAUCGCACACAUAGCUAAGAGCGAAAGCAAUACUAAGGCAGUGGCUGUUCAGGAAAAGGCCUGCGAGUGUUUUGAUGAAGAUGCCAUCGUGAUUCAGCAACUUGUUAGAUUCUUAUGCAAAACAGGAGAGUUUGAAAAGGCGAAGUCAUGGAUAGAAAAAGCUAAGAUCCUUUUGCCUUCCAAUUCUUAUAUUUUGGACACAGAGGGUCAGGUAUACAAGAAAUGGUUAUAUUCGCUAACCUUCCCAAUCAAUGAUCCGGGUAAACUCGACAAAGCAAUUGAGUUAGCCCUGAAGGCAAUCAAUGCUUUCCAAAGAUCCCAAGAGGCAUCGGAAUCAGAGACCGAUUGGAAUAACAGCGGCUAUUUUGGUGAGGUGGAGGUUGGAUGUUACAUUGUGCAGCUUAUGCCAUUACUUGGUAUAUUUUCAGAGUACAAGAAUGGAUUCUACCCCAAACUUGUUAAAUAUCUAGUGACUGAAUGGGUCCCAGAAGAAAUAAACGUCUCCUGGGCCCCGUUCCAUGAUCAAUUGAAGUCAUUGCACAACAACAUUUGCAAAUCAAUGGAAUGGAUUUAUGUGUACAUGGCUUACUUCCAGCCUGACGAGGGAACAGAGACCAUGGUACAGGCCGCUUUUGAGAACUUAAAGAAAAACGAAAGACAAUUCUCGUCUUUCUUCAACUGUCCCCUCGAUGGUCCAAGUAAAAAGCUGCUGAAAAAAGAAAACAUGGAAAAUCAGAUGGCCUUAUUAAAACAUCGCAAGAUUAAUUACCUCGGUGGUGGAAGAUUCUCUACAAUAUUUGCGUUGGCUGCUGACAAAUUGAGGGAAAUCAUAGAUAUGGAUACUAAUCAACAAGAGAAAUUGAAUGAAAAUUAUGUGUUAUCACGCAUUGCCUUCGCCAUGAUCAAACCCACCUCUCCCGAGGAAGACAAAGUUUCUGAAGAGCAACUCCAUGAGCUCAGCCUUCAACUACAGAGGCUGGAUUUUGACAAGCCAAUCCCUCACUUCAUCUUGUUGCUGUUGCACUGGCCAGACAGUGAAUGUAACGAUCUUUCUGGGAAGAAACACGAUGAGUAUUUAACGGACUCAUUAACUACCCUGAACAAUCUGUACAAAGGCAAAAUAAAGGAUAUUCAAAGUGUGAAGAAACCUACUUAUCCUCAUUUUUUCCUUGGAUCUGGAAGCGGUUUUCUGAAGCGCUUCGUCCACAACAGAAACUUGUCUCGCAACAACGGAGCGUACGAUUGGGAGGCAAAUCAGGCUCGCUUGCAGCGGGUUGAGGGCUCGGCUGAAGGCAACAAGAUUUACAUCCAAGGGCAUUGCAAAGACAGUCAGCUUCCUGUCCAUCGGGCGUUCAAUUGUUCAAUCCCACCAGGAAGCACAAGGGUUUCAUUUUACUUGGGAUUCACAUUGCGUGGCUGUGUCGCUUACGACAUUCAAAGCGUUCAGUAAAGUACACGUGCGUGACAGAGGGUACAAUCCCUCCGCCUCGCCCCCUCCCCACACCUCUUUCAAAUCCAGCCUAAAGACCUUCCUUUUUGAUUGUGCUUACGGUCACCUCCCCCCUCCCUCUCCCCCGGGCUCGGGGUCAGACUCCGCCACUGUCAAAUGCUCCGGGACACUACCCCGAAACCGCGAAGGGCGCUAUAUUAAUGCAAGUUGUUGUUUCUGUACUAGCAGCUCCCUUCGGUUAAACCAAGUGAAUCGAGCAAUGAAUGCGGUACAGAGAGGGUGGGGAGCAAAGCAGCAACUGCGGCAUUUAAUUUUUCCUGUUUAUGUCAUUCAGAAGUUGUUACACUACUAUUUGGUUUUGAAUUCACAUUGUAAGUAUACUUACAGACUCGUUAGUUUUAAUGUAUCCCAACACCGUGUUUACAUCCUGAACAUAUCAACACAUGCUGUUUGAUUUCUGUCGCCAAAGUUGAGGAGAUAAGUACAAGCACUCUAAGAUGCUAUAUAAAUGCAAGUAAUUGUUGUUGUCUGUAACUCAAUACAAAUUUCACGAUGGUUUUAAAUACACUGCUAAUAGAAUUGUAGGUUUUUAAGCAAUAAACUUUAAUCACAGUAGGAAAUGUUGGGGAUUUCGUAGCGUCUUUACCUGUAUUGCUAUUUUACCAGAUUGUAAUAAUUCUUUCUUUGUAUAGGCUGUUUCUAACACAGUCCUGGUUAAUUUGGGGGAAUAAAAAUAUCUGCAAACGUAA